AUGGGCUUCACAGUCACUAUUCCCGAAGGCUCGUCCUUCACGUUGCACAACAUCCCCUUCGGCGUGAUCUCAACAGACGCAAACCCCGAACCCCAUUGCGCGACUGCAAUUGGCGACUACGCCCUCGAUUUGCCGCUAUACUUCCACUACAGAGCCUCAGACGACAAAUACUUCGUCCCACUCGAUUGCGACACCCUUCACGCCAUCUUCAAUCAGCCCUCUCUAAACACCUUCGCCGCCCUCCCAUCAACCACCAGAACCGCCAUCCGCGCCCACCUAAUCGAAGCACUCCGGGAUAGCGAGGUCCCAGAGUCAUGUCUCAUCUCCUUGCCCGAAGCUCGCAUGCACCUCCCCAUGCAAAUCGGCGGCUACUCCGACUUCUUCUGCUCGCUUGAGCACUGCCAAAACCUUCUCACCGGGCUCGAUCAGUGCAGCCCCAUGACCGGCGGCGUAGUAGCUCCCAACUUCUACCACGCCCCCUCGGUGUACAACGGCCGCGUCUCCAGCGUCAUCCCCUCCCCUGCACCCGUCCGCCGGCCCAAAGGCGUCAUGUACGACACAGGUAAAGGCAGCGGGAACCCCGUCUACGGGCCGUCGCAGAAGCUGGACUUCGAGCUCGAGAUGGGCUACUUCGUAUCCACGCCCAUCGCGCACGGGGAGACGAUGAGCAUCGCCGACGCGCGCGAGCAUAUUUUCGGGUUCGUGCUGCUGAACGACUGGUCGAGCCGGGAUAUCCAGGCGUUUGAGAUGAAUCCGCUGGGGCCGUUUCACAGCAAAGGCUUCGGGACAUCGAUCUCGCCGUGGGUGGUGACGCUGGAUGCGCUGGAGCCGUUUGCGUGCGAGCCGAAGCAUGAUCAUAGUGCGACGGAGUUUGAGCAUCUGAAGUGGAAGGAGCGGGAGGUGGGGACUUUUGAUGUUGAGCUUACGGCGGCGCUUGUGAGAGAUCAGAAAAGGUAUGAGGUUACGAAGAGUAAUUUACGUUGGCUGUAUUGGUCGCCGUAUCAACAACUCGCUCACCACGCUUCUGCGGGCUGUGGUCUCGGGGCAGGGGAUUUGCUGGGUUCGGGGACGAUCUCAGGAGAGCGCGAGGGCGAGCUCGGCUGUCUCUUUGAGGCGACGCAGGGCGGAGAAAAACCGAUCCAGUUCGAGGACGGAGCAAGCCUCGGGUACUUGGAGGACCAUGACGAGGUGGUGUUGGAGGGGUGGUGUGGAAAAGGGGAGGACAGGAUUGGGUUUGGUGAGUGUCGGGGGGUGCUUCUUCCUGCUAGUAAGUAG